AUGCACCGUUUCAAAGCUCAGGGUAUCAGCUCUCGUCACAUUUCUGUUCCAAAGUGGGUCAACCCAAAGGAUCGCAUCAAGCAAUGGAACAUUGUCAAGGGCGACAAGGUUGCUAUUAUUGCCGGCAAAGACAAAGACACCAUUGGUGAAAUCAAGGCGGUAAACCGACAAACGAACACCGUAUUGGUAGAAGGAAAGAAGCUGGCCAAGAAACAUGUUCCUCAACAACCCGGUGCUCCUGAAGGUAUUAUGAGAAAGGAGAUGCCAAUUCAUUAUUCGAACGUCAUGUUACUGCAUCCUGAUACACAAGUCCCUACUCGGAUUGAACGUCGGCAAGUGGAAAAGACAUUGGAGGAUGGUCGUAUCACCAAGCGAUGGGCACGAUUUGUGAGAGGCACAGAUGUCGAGAUCCCCAAGCCUUCAGUUAAAUAUGAUGAUAGAAGCGGAGAGGAAAAAUUCACUACAUCACCUGAGGAUGUUAACAAGGUUACAUUCACUGGUCUUGGAGAACAGCAACCUCCAGUGCCUGAGGAUUUGGUCCGUGAGCUUCGAAACCCUUACAAGCGUCGCCAUAGCAACCAAGUGGUGUAA